AUGGCGACACUACCUCGAGCCAUCGAACCAACCUCAGGCUCGUCUAUAAUUUCGGGCAACGAUGCAUGUCCACGUUCUGACGCUCCCUUCGACGCUGGAAUAAACUCUUCCGGUGCAUGGACAGAGCAUCUAGAGUGUUGCUCAUUAUCAGACGACGAGCUCGAGCCGACAGACGGACAUCAUGAACUGCAGCCCAUUGAAGAGAUCGUCAAACCAGCUCGUGCGCUCUACGACUUUGAAGGAAAGGCUGAAUUCAAGGAACUCACUGUCGAGGCUGGAGAUGAAUUGAACAUUUUGAAAGAAGAAGUCGGAGACGGCUGGAGCUUGGUGAGAGCGAGCUCUGGUGAAAUAGGGCUGCUACCUCAGACAUAUUACACGUGCACGACUAGUUUUCUUUCUGUACCAUUAGCCGUUCAUGGGAGAAAGCAGCCGUCUACCAGCACGAUCACCCCCCAAGCAUGUCCCCAGGAACAGUCGAAGUCGCUUUCUAUCGUACCUCAGGAUACUGGUGAAUGGACGAACCCUCUCCCAAGUUUUAGGCAAAGCCUUCUUAGAGGCAAGAGUUUGAAUCGGUUCUCCGGGUUUGUGACAAGUGGUGCAGAAGAGUGGGUUCUUGAGGGCCACGUCGAUCCAGUCGCUUCAAGUUCAUCCAUUUCACACCAGCGGAUCUCUACGGAAGACUCUAUCAACGAUGAUAAUAGGCUCAGCAGACUUGGGCUGGGAGAAGCAGACAGGCACUAUAUUGACGCUGGCCCUACAUGGCAACCUAAAGUUCCGAAGUUUCGAGUCUUGGUUCACUCACCUUCAAAGCGCACGUCGGGCCUCUCAGGAGCAUAUACCGUGUAUAGUGUCACUUCACUGUUUUCUUCGACUACGGAUGAAUCAUAUGACUCAUGCAUCCCACCGAUCCCUCCUACCCGUAUAACAGUCCAACGACGGUUUUCUCACUUCAUCGUGUUACAUACUUCGCUGACUAGACGUCUUCCCGGAAUUGCACUCCCGCCACUUCCUGAGAAACAGUAUGCUGGGCGGUUCAGUGCUGAUUUUGUCGAGGCCCGUAGAGGCGAACUUGAGAGAUAUAUCGGGUGUAUUGUGAAGCACCCUGUUGCACGAUACGCUGAAGUCGUCACAUCUUUUCUUGGUUGUGAAAGUGAUGUGGAAUGGAAACGGCUUAUGCCCCAAUUUCUUUCAAUGCCUGCUGCUGGGCCUUCAUUCUUCGCACACGUUUUUCAUCCCGCAUUCAACGUAGAUGUGGACGAUGCCACAGAAGCAAUAGUUCGCUUCAGCCGUCACACCCUUGUAGUGGGCAAGGGCACGCAGAGUUUGAGAAACAUCUUUGGUCGCAUUCGUGAAGUGAGACUAGAGAUGUCGAAAGCCGAACGAUUGUUGUCGUAUUCAUUAUUGUCCUUGAUUACGUCGACACCUUUGUCUUCUGCUCCCCUGACCGGGAUUAACAAGGAUGCGGAGGACACGCCUCCACAGAGAAACGGCCUCUUGAACGAAGAAGGAGCUUGGUGUUGGCGUGAAAGCUGUCAAGAUUGUCUAAGGCUCACAAAAGCGAUGCAGAAAACAUCCGAUAGUCUUCAGAUUGUUGCAGACCUGUAUGAGGAUCAUGCCCGGCGCACCCAGCUUGCAACUCACGAAGCCCUCAAGAACGUUGCUCAUCCAUACCAAUUGUAUGAGGGGAUCAUUGAAACCCACCAAUCUACUGUUUCGCGAUAUAAAGAUACCCUCAAAUCGGGGAAGGUCAGAACGCUCGCAACCUUCUCGAACGAUGAGAUGACCGCACGCUGCGAAACCGUCUUGAAUACUACUAUGGCUGAGAUGGACACAUACCACGACCAGAAAGUGGAAAACUUCAGCACAAUAAUGAAGGAGCAUCUUGAUGGUGAAAUAAACUUCUACGAGCAGGUCCUGCACAAGUUGAAGGCAGCCCGGCGCACCUUCGACGCUCCACGUUUUGACGAGCUGAGCAGGUCACCUCGUCAACCUUCAAGAUACGAACGGGAUUUAGAAGCCCCGAAGCUAAAUCCUCCACCAUUGCCACAGCCUUGUCCUCAUGUCUAUGACUCAGCGCCUAUGAGACCAGUGAAUACGGUAAUACACGAGGGGAUCGGAGCACUAAUGGGAAAGUCCCAACCUGGUAGGAAAGGGAGUCUUUUGAGAAGAAUGUGGGCUGAAUAA